AUGUCAACCAGACAGACGCCCGGCCCGAAUAGAAAUGAAGACGGGAAGAAUCACCUGAGGCAUCUCAUUCUUCCGGGGGACGCAUCUAUUAAAGUCGCCGUGGCCCUUGGACCUGUGAAAUCAACUCCGCUACAUCAAUUCCUGGCUCGCGAGAGCACCCAUACCUCACCUCCAUCUGAUACUAUCAUCCGCAGCAGCAGCAGCAGCGCGGGCUACCUGCAUAAAGAUAACCAGAUCGUUGACACCGCCACCGACCCCAACUCGACUACGAUGACAGGCGCCAUCUUUCCUGAUUCCCCUCCUGACUGGUGUAAUGUCAAGGUCCUGCACCGUAAUACCCUCCCGCCCCGAAGCUCUUUCUUUCUUUACGACAGCGAGGUUGACGCCCUCAGCCGCGAUACGGCCAAAGCGAAGUCCCAGUUACUCUCUGGAAAAUGGAAAUUUCACCUUUCCACCUCGCCGUUUUACGGGCCCCAGAGGUUUUAUGAACCUGGCUUUGAAUCUUCCAAGUGGGAUAAGGUCGACGUGCCGGGCAUGUGGCAAUGUCAGGGAUAUGGGAAAGGACCGCAGUACACCAAUCUAGACUUUCCCUUCCCUGUCAAUCCUCCCCAUAUCCCCCUAGAUGACAAUGAAUGCGGCCGCUAUCUCACCACUUUCCGCCUGGACAAGCACCUGGCCGACCACCAGCAGCGACUGAGGUUCGAAGGCGUCGAUUCUGCGUUUACUGUAUGGGUUAACGGCCAUAAUGUGGGCUAUUCUCAAGGGUCGAGGAAUCCUAGCGAGUUUGACAUUACCAAGCUUGUCAAGUAUGGCGAGGAUAAUAUCCUAGCUGUGGAAGUCUACCAGCGAUGCGAUGGAACCUACCUCGAGGACCAGGACCAGAUCUGGCUCAGUGGUAUCUUCAGAGAUGUUUACUUGCAUUCUUUCCCCAAGGUCCAUCCGGAGGAUUUCCAUGUCCAUACGCUUCUUGACGCCCAUUACAAGGAUGCCGAGCUCAGGGUCAACGUCAAAAUGUCCGACACUUCUGUUGUGUCCCUAAAGCUGCUUGAUGCCGACGGGAAGGUGGUGGCCGAGGCGACCGAGAAGUUCGAACCCAAAGGCCACUUUAGUGUCAGCGUCAAGAAGCCGCACAAGUGGACGGCGGAAACACCGUAUCUUUAUACACUCGUCCUGACCUUCAAUGGCUCCACCAGCUUAGCUCAGAGAGUGGGGUUCCGCCGUAUCGACCUCAUCAAGGGCGUCUUUACCGUCAAUGGAAACCCAGUAAAAUUCCGAGGAGUGAAUCGCCACGAACAUCACCCAGAGAGCGGAAGAGCCGUUCCCUAUGAGUUCCUGAAGAACGAUCUACUCCUCAUGAAGAACCACAACAUUAACGGAAUUCGAACAUCUCACUAUAUCGACGACUUCCGCCUUUAUGACCUCGCCGACGAGCUGGGGCUGUGGAUCAUUGAUGAAGCUGACCUCGAGUGUCACGGUUUUGGCGUAGUUGGUGCGAACGCGGAGAAGUUUGCUACGGACAACCCCGAAUGGACGGAGGCCUACGUCGACCGAGCACGCCAGAUGGUCAUGCGGGACAAGAAUCACCCAUCCAUCGUCAUCUGGUCACUUGGCAACGAGUCCUUCUACGGCAGAAAUCACAAGGCUAUGUACGACUUUAUCAAAUCGGUGGAUACAAGCCGACCAGUCCACUAUGAGCCAGACUAUCAAACUCGCAGCGCAGACAUCUUCAGUCGAAUGUACUCUAGCGCCGAAGAGAUUAUCCGCAUGGCACAGGAAAGCCAUUGGGAAAAACCAUUGGUCCUUUGCGAGUACGUGCAUGCCAUGGGAAAUGGCCCCGGAGGGAUCAAGGAAUACAUUGAUGCUUUUUACAAGUAUCCCAGGCUCAUGGGCGGAUUCGUUUGGGAGUGGGCGAACCAUGGGCUGAAAACGAAGAAUGCAGAGGGCGAGUAUUACUACGCCUAUGGCGGUGACUGGGGUGAUGAUCCGCAUGAUGGCCACUUUUGCAUGGAUGGUCUUCUCCAUUCCGACCACACGCCGACGCCUGGGCUUACUGAAUAUCGCAAAGCCAUCGAGCCCGUUCAGACUCUUAGUCUGAAAGGCAGCGAGCUAACUGUUGUCAAUCGAUAUGAUCAUUUGGAUCUCGAUCACCUCGAUUGUUCUUGGACCAUAGUCGACGAGAUCGGCACAAGCGAUGAAACUCCCUGUGAUAUCCCAGAAGGAGUCAAACCACACACUGAAGCCAAAAUUAAACUCCGAGGGCUCCCGACCAAAUUUGACGGAGAGACCUACGUGAGGAUUAGCUUCAAGCUUAGGAAAGCGACGCUAUGGUGCAAGGCAGGAACCGAGGUCGCAUUUGGCCAGCACCAGCUCCACGGGCCAGUGAGCUUGACAAAGAUCCAGUCUUUGCUCCCAGCCCUCUCCUCGGUGCCAAGGGCCCAACAAACGUCACCCGGAUAUCUGGAGAUCACGAGUCCCGAUGGCUCUUCUGUGUGGGGAAUCAACCUUACUCUGGGAUCUCUGUCGAGCUGGAAGAAAAAUGUCGGUCCCUUCACUGAGCUCAUGACGAAGCCGCUCACCAUCGACUUCUACCGCGCACUUACCGACAACGACAGAGGCGGCAUAUUCGGACAGCAGUGGCGCCAGCGCAGGUUGCACCAGACGAAGCACCACGUCCGACAAGUCCGCUGGAAAACUGGGUCAACGGGCCUCAUCGUCGAGAUUCAGGGCCGCGUGGCGCCGCCCGUGCUGGCAUGGGGUGUGGACACGACCAUAACCAUAACCUUUGGCCACGGCGUCCAUCUCAGCCUCAACGCUAAACCCCACGGACCUCUCCUCCCCGAUACCUUUGCUCGAUUCGGGCUUACCUUUGGCAUCGAAGGCGUCGAGCACGUUCGCUGGUUCGGCCGUGGGCCUGGGGAGAGCUAUAGCGACAAGAAGCGCAGCCAAUCUUUCGGAACUUGGCAGUCCUCCGUCGAUGAUCUCUUUGUGGAUUACGACUAUCCCCAGGAUGGAGGAAAUCGCACAGAUGUCCGCUGGAUCGAAUUCCUCGGCGCCACCGGCAAAAAGGAUGCGGGAACGGGGACGAAGCCUAGGAAACGACUCCUCAGAGCGAGGUUUGGCGACCUCGAUGGAGCCUCGUUCUCGGCGAUGCAUUAUACGACUGCUGAUCUGGACGAGGCUGGGCAUCCUUACGAAUUGAGGAAGAAGAAGCGUAAGGAUACCGUUGUCAGGCUGGAUUGGGCGCACCAUGGAAUUGGGAGCGGGUCGUGUGGUCCGGCUACGUUGCCUCAGUAUGAGUUAAAGACGAAUCGGGAGUUUGAAUAUGAGCUUCUUCUUGAUUAA